UUAACACUCUGCUGCGCUCUGAGGCACCACACUGUGUUCUGGAAUCAAGCCGCGAGAAACACAAAGGCUCUCAACACACACGUACACACGCGUUCUCAUCCCACACACACACACACUCGCUCUCUCUCUCACCACCUUACACUCCCACAAUGGAUGUGAAAGUGCUGGCAGUGAUGGUGAUUCUGACGGUGGCGUUGUGGACCCCGGAGACUGACGCUAAGCCCAUCAGCCUGGUGGAGAGGUGCUGGUGCCGCACUACCCACAACACUGUCCCGCAGAGAAGCAUUCGCGAAAUCAAGUUUCUCCACACACCCAACUGCCCCUUCCAAGUCAUUGCCAAGCUGAAGAAUGGAAGGGAGGUCUGCAUCAACCCCAAGACCAAAUGGCUGCAGCAGCACCUGAAAAACGCCAUUAGCAAGAUAAAAAAGUCGAGAAAGCGUGAGGACUAAGGGAAAAGGUGUGUGGAGAGGAGGAAAUUGGUGUGUGUCUCUCACCUCUGCGGAGAUACUAUAUAACACAAGUGCACCUUGCUCACACACACACUUAAAACACACACACACACACAAUCUCCGGACUGCUUGCACAAACAGCACUUCGCCUCAAACGCCUUUACUUCUGCACCGAGCUGGACUGCAGCUCCACCGGAGCCAACAAGGCUUUGUUUUUGAUUUUUGAUGUAGGAAGAGCAGUAAAAUAUGACCUGUGCCUUCGGGUCUGUUAUCAGCUGAGAGAGAGAGAGAGGACACUUCUGAAUUUAAUGUUGGGAGGGUGAUAUAUUUAUGAAAGGAUGAAUAAAGAGACCGUUAUGGAGGGAGUGAGACACAAAAGAAAGACAGAAAACAAAAGGUAUAAGAGAGAGAGAGAGAGAGAGAGAGAGAGAGAGAGAGAGAGAGAGAGAGAGAGAGAGGGACCUGGCAGGGUGAAGACCGAGCAGACUGCCACAUGCUGUCCUACGGCUGCUGCUGUAUCCUAUUAAAGAAAUAGUUUGGCAAAAUAAAUAAUCUAUAGAACUUUAAGAACUACAGGAGGUAGGAUAUAUGAAUGUCAGUGAUGCCCUCAUCAGAGUCAAUGGUGGGACCAGGAGGGGAUAAACAUGGGCCUCAUAUGGGUUAAACACUGCAAAUGAGGUGUAGAUGGGGCCCACUGGGGACAGCAGGAACACAUUUACAAACACUGAGUCCAUGCCCACCUAACACCCACCCACUCCACAUUCAACCAAUUAGAGCCUCACAUUACUGUGUUGGCAAGGAAGGUUAAUUUAGCUAAUUUAGCCAGUAAAAAAACCUUUACACCAUCAACUACAAUCAUGAAAACCUAUUUUAAACCUACUUGCUUGUGUUGUUUCUGACACUGGAUGACACACUUACAGGGGUUGGACAAUGAAACUGAAACACCUGUCAUUUUAGUGUGGGAGGUUUCAUGAUUAAAUUGGAGCAGCCUGGUGAUCAAUCUUCAUUAACUGCACAUUGCACCAGUAAGAGCAGAGUGUGAAGGUUCAAUUAGCAGGGUAAGAGCACAGUUCUGCUCUAAAUAUUGCAAUGCACACAACAUUAUGGGAGACAUACCAGAGUUCAAAAGAGGACAAAUUGUUGGUGCACGUCUUGCUGGAGCAUCUGUGACCAAGACAGCAAGUCUUUGUGAUGCAUCAAGAGCCACGGUAUCCAGGGUAAUGUCAGCAUACCACCAAGAAGAACCAACCACAUCCAACAGGAUUAACUGUGGACGCUGUAAGAGGAAGCUGUCUGAAAGGGAUGUUCGGGUGCUAACCCGGAUUGUAUCCAAAAAACAAUAAAACCACGGCUGAUCAAAUCACGCAGAAUUCAAUGUGCACCUCAACUCUCCUGUUACCACCAGAACUGUCCGUCACCACAAUCAAUUAUUGUGCUCUAAAACCAGGUGUUUCAGUUUCAUUGUCCGACCCCUGUAUAUUGAUUAAACAUUACCUAAAGUAUAUCCAAAAUUCAGACCUUAAGGAAAUCAUCACUGCUAUAACAUAAUUCUGUUCAUUUUUGAAGCUAAAAAAAAGAAUAAGUAAAUUAAUAUUUUUUCUAAUAUUUCUCAUUAUAAAAUAGUUGAAUGAAUAUUAUAAACCCUAUUUAUCCUAUUUAAAUGUUUGAGUCAGUUUAUGUACUGAAAAUAGUGUCUUGUUAACUUCACUUUAGCUUGAUAAGCGUAUGCCUGUGAGGUGUUUGCUUUAGCUGAGUAAUAAUCACAUAAACAUGUAAAGUGUUAGUGCCGGCUCACUGCGUAAACACUUAGUCAGGCAGACUAUUUCAUCAUUAGCUUGGGUAUUAGCAGUUUGUGGCAGCUCAGUGUCUUCACUUAUAGUCAAGCCCUUUGUUUUAGCUUAUAGCGAAAGUGAAAUAUCAUUAGCUUGUGUGAUUAGCGGUUAGCAGGCAGUCUUCUAGGUGUUUAAGCUCAUAAUGUCAGUGAAAUAUCAUUAGCUUGCAAGACUUUACAAUCAUCAAGUCAGCAUCAUGCAGUGUGAGAAUUAUCCUAGCAGCAAGUCUGUUUAAGAUCAGCUAAAUAUUACAUUAUCUGUGAUUUAGGUUUUUUUUUUUUUUUUUUUUUUGCCAAACUACUGCUUUAAGAGGCACAAGUUACAGGAUGAUCUUCCACUGGGAAAGCCACGCACUGACUUUUGUUUAAGAUAAACAAUGACAAUGCAACUUUAAGAUGCAAUGCAAUUCACUCUGGGCAGCUGAAAACAUCUGCUUCUUACAUAUAUCAUACUGUGUUCAUGUUCCAACCGAGGCUUUGAUCUGUUCUAUUUCCACCACGGACCAUGCUAUUGAUGUAUUGAUCAAAAUGACAUUAUAAACAACAACAAGUGUAUCAUAUUUAGCGAGAAUGUAAAGAUCAGUACUCAAUGGCUCUACUCUCUACAGGGACCAAGUGUUCUCCACGCUGCAGGUUAUUAAGCUAAAUGAAUGGAAUUCUGUACAUAUUCAGAGUAUUUAGUAAUAUUGUGUUGUUUGGUCUAGUAUUAAGAAAAGCUAAAUGUUAUGAUUAGAAAAAUGUUUUUAGCACCAUUUAACAGUUCUCCAAUAUUUCAAAACAAAAACGCAUUUGUCUCUUACUGAGCCACUUUAUACGUGAGAUGAGUUUCUACUCUGUCAAUUUAUUUUUAUAUUUGUGCAUUGUAUAAUCUUAAUAAAUGAAGGGUUUUCUUCCAAAAUGCA